GGGCCGGCGCGGUCUGGGCGGGGUCUGCGCCGGCGCUGGUCCGGCCGGGCGCUCCGCCAGCGGCGUAAACUGUGCGGAGCGCGGCUGUGGAGCAGGCACUUAAAGCUGUGGGGAGACACCCAGAAUCGAGCUUUUAAAGCUGAAGGAAACGGAAACAGAAGCUAGUGUGGACCCCGACUUUUAUUGACGAAGAAACUGAGCCCGCAGAGCUAAAGUGACUUUGCCCAAGGUCACCCAGGUACGUUGCGAGGCAGGGCCAUGCUCAUGUUCAUGGCCUCUGACAGUGAGGAAGAAGUGUGCGACGAGCGGACGUCCCUGAUGUCAGCCGAGAGCCCCACACCACGCUCCUGCCAGGAGGGCCGGCAGGGCCUGGAGGACGGAGAGAACGCUGUCCAGUGGAGAAUCCAGGAUGGUGAGGAGGAUGGUGACGAGGACCCUGACCGCUAUGUCUGCAGUGGGGUCCCUGGGCGGCCACCGGGCCUGGAAGAAGAGCUGACCCUCAAAUACGGAGCAAAGCACGUGAUCAUGCUGUUUGUGCCCGUCACUCUGUGCAUGAUUGUGGUGGUGGCCACCAUCAAGUCCGUGCGCUUCUACACAGAGAAGAACGGACAGCUCAUCUACACGCCGUUCACUGAGGACACGCCCUCAGUGGGCCAGCGCCUGCUCAACUCCGUGCUGAACACCCUCAUCAUGAUCGGCGUCAUCGUCGUCAUGACCAUCUUCCUGGUGACGCUCUACAAGUACCGCUGCUACAAGUUCAUCCACGGCUGGCUGGUCAUGUCCUCCCUGAUGCUGCUGUUCCUUUUCACUUACAUCUACCUCGGGGAAGUGCUCAAGACCUACAACGUGGCCAUGGACUACCCCACGCUCGUGCUGACCGUCUGGAACUUCGGGGCCGUGGGCAUGGUGUGCAUCCACUGGAAGGGGCCCCUCAUGCUGCAGCAGGCCUACCUCAUCGUGAUCAGUGCACUCAUGGCCCUGGUGUUCAUCAAGUACCUCCCGGAGUGGUCCGCCUGGGUCAUCCUGGGUGCCAUCUCUGUGUACGAUCUUGUGGCUGUACUGUGUCCCAAAGGGCCACUGAGAAUGCUGGUGGAAACUGCCCAGGAGCGAAACGAGCCCAUAUUCCCUGCCCUGAUAUACUCGUCUGCCAUGGUAUGGACGGUGGGCAUGGCCAAGCUGGACCCCUCCUCUCAGGGAGCCCUGCAGCUCCCCUAUGACCCCGAGAUGGAAGAAGACUCCUAUGACAGUUUUGGGGAGCCCUCCUAUCCCGAAGUCUUUGAGCCUCCUGUUUCUGGCUACCCAGGGGAGGAGCUGGAGGAAGCGGAGGAAAGGGGUGUGAAGCUCGGCCUCGGGGACUUCAUCUUCUACAGCGUGCUGGUGGGCAAGGCCGCAGCUACGGGCAGCGGGGACUGGAACACCACACUGGCCUGCUUUGUGGCCAUCCUCAUCGGCUUGUGUCUGACCCUCCUGCUGCUGGCUGUGUUCAAGAAGGCGCUGCCCGCCCUCCCCAUCUCCAUCACGUUCGGGCUCAUCUUCUACUUCUCCACGGACAACCUGGUGCGCCCUUUCAUGGACACCUUGGCCUCCCAUCAGCUCUACAUCUGAGGGCCGCGGCCGCCAGACGCUGGAAGCUGCAGGGAAUUUUAACUGGACGCAGUUGUAUGAUUUUACACUCUAGUGCCAUAUAUUUUUAAAACUUUGUUUUCCUUAAAAAAAGAGAAAAGACAAAAGUAUCGUGUUUACUUUGUGAAGAGGAAGCAGAACCAGCUUUUUGGUGCUAGCUGUUUUGUCAGGAGACUCUGGCCCGGCCCUUCGCGAAAACCUCCUCGCGGAACCCGUGGGACACAGCAGGUUUAUCCAGAUGAACUUCGAAGGUCAGGCAGUGCGGGGAGGGGCAGGGAGAAGUGGGCGAGCUCUCGUGAGGCCUGGACCCCUGGGCCGAGGCAGCGUGCCAUGCGUGGAGCCGCGGGUCUGUCUGGGACCAGAAGUGUGUGCUCAGGGACGUGCUCAGCACCCGGUGGCUCUGGCUGGAGCAGGAAAGCCGAUUUCCUCUAAGGAAGGUUCCCAACGCUUUGUCUAUGAUGUGAUUGUUAUUUUAUUACCUGUAGAAACUGAGUCCUGUUCUCAUUAAGGCAGUCACACUGCUGGGAAGUGGCUUAAUGUUCAUAUCAAUAAAUAGAUGAGUCCUGUUGGAAUGCUGGCA